AAGAAGACAGAGCUCUCACGAAACAACACACACUUUUCUCUUUCUCUUUCUCCGUCUUCACCGCGUAGAAGAAUUAGAUCAAAGAACCCUUGUUUCUUUGUCCCUAUCUUCUUCAUUUCUUCCCAUUUGCUGCGCCUCCGGACAUUACGAUGUUCCUCACCGCCACAACUGCACAUCAUUCCUGAUCUUCCUUUCCUUCCUGAUUAUGUGGGUGGAUGCUGUCGGCGUGGAUAUUUCCUUGGACCAAUGCAGGGCGAACUAGAAGAAUUUACAAGCCCCAACAAAAGUGCCUCUAGAAAGAUGCAAACACCGGAUGCUGGAACAGAACAAUGUCAUUUGUCAGAGAAAACAUCUCAGGUGGGUUCCGAAUGUUUAGACAACAAGCAAGGUGUGCCUGGCAAUGUGUUAGGCAGUUCUCUUAUUGAUGACCAAGCUUCUGAGAAAAUGGCCAAGAGUUCUGAGUGUUUGGACAACAAGCAGAGCAUGCCUAGUGAUGUGUUAACAAGCUCCAUGAUUGAUGAAAACUCAAACCGUGUGGCCGAGAAUUCUGAGCUUUUGGACGACAAGCAAAGCAUGCAUAGUGAUGUGUUAACCGAUUCCGUGAUUGAUGAAAAAUCAAACCAAGUUUCUGAAAAAAUGACUGAUGGUACGCAGUGUUUGGGCAACAAGAAAAACUUGCAAGGUGAAGUGUUAACCAAUUGUGUAGUUGAUGAAAAAUCAAAUGAGGUCUCUGAAAAAAUGAUCGAGGGUCCUGAGCAUUUGGCCAGCAGGCAAAGCAUGCAUAGCGAUGAUGCAUUGACCAAUUCUGUGAUUGAUGAAAAAUCAAACCAAGUUUCUGAUAAAAUGUUUGAGUGUCUUGAGCAUUUGGCCAACAAGCAAAGCAUGCAUGGUGCUGUGUUAACCAAAUCUGUGAUUGAUGAAAAGUUAAAUCAAGUUUCUGACAAAAUGACUGAGAGUCCAGAGUGUUUGGACAACAGGCAAAGCCUGCAUGGUGAUGUGCUAACCAAUUCUGUGAUUGAUGAAAAAACAAACCAAGUAUAUGAAAAAAUGACUGAGAGUCCUGAGCGUUUGGACAAGAAGCAAGGCAUGCAUGGCGAUGUGUUAAUCAAUUCUGUGAUUCGUGAAAACUCAAACCAUGUUUCUCGCAAAAUGACCGAGAGUUCUCAGUGUUUGGACAACAAGCAAAGUGUAAUUGACGAGGUGUUAACCAGUCAUGUGAUUGAUGAAAAAUCGAACCAAGUUUCAGACAAAAUGACAGAGAGUUCUCAGUGUUUACACAAUGCACAAAGCAUGCCAAGCAAUGUGUUAACCAGCUCUGUUAUUGAUGAAAACUCAAACCAAGUUUCUGGAAAAAUUAUUAGGGGUGCUGUUAUUGCACUGCCUGCACAACGCCAGCGUGAUUUGAAAAAGAGUUGUCAAACUGCAGAAGGUUCAUGCUCUCAACGGAGUACCUCAGAACAAGACCCCUCUCAUUUGUCUAAUGACAAAUCAGAGAUCAAAUGUCAGCCUUUUUCUCAGAAUGGCCAAAAUGUGUCCGUGGAAAUAAAUAAUCCUGUAACUGGUUCUCUUGUUGAGAACCAAACGCUAUCUGUUCCAACACAAGUGAACACCACUUCUGCAAAUGGACUACAGGAUCCAGCUCCAGCAUCUGUAGAUGUGAAAAAUACUGGUUUGAAUUGUUCAAAAAGAAAAUCUACAGCCACAACAUCUAUGCAGUUGAGCUGCAAGGGUAAAAAAAGCUCAAAAUUAUUAAAGAAGAAGUAUAUGCUAAGGUCAUUAGGAAGCAGUGAUAGAGCUUUGCGAUCAAGGACACGCGAAAAACCUAAACCACCUGAGUCAAAUAGCAAUUUGGUUGAUGCUAAUAAUGAUGGCGUGAAGAAUAAAAGGGGGAAGAAGAAGAACAAAAAGAGAGACGGGGAAGGAGUUAUUGAUGAAUUUUCUAGAAUAAGAGCUCGCUUAAGAUAUUUAUUGAAACGAGUUAGCUAUGAGCAGAACUUGAUUGAUGCUUAUUCUAGUGAGGGCUGGAAAGGAUACAGUUUGGAAAAGUUAAAGCCUGAAAAGGAGCUUCAACGGGCUAAGACUGAAAUACUUCGACGUAAAUUGAAAAUGAGGGAUCUCUUUCGAUAUUUGGAUUCAUUGUGUGCUGAAGGAAGGCUUCCUGAAUCUGUGUUUGAUUCUGAAGGAGAGAUUGACAGUGAGGAUAUAUUCUGUGCAAAAUGUAGUUCCAAAGAGUUGAGCACAAACAAUGAUAUAAUUCUCUGUGACGGUGCUUGUGAACGUGGAUUUCACCAGCUUUGUGUGGAUCCUCCUUUGUUAACUGAAAACAUUCCACCUGGCGAUGAGGGUUGGCUAUGCCCGGGAUGUGAUUGCAAAGAUGACUGUAUUGAAAUUGUUAAUGACUCCUUAGGAACACGUCUCUCUCUUGAGGAUAGCUGGGAGAGGGUUUUUCCAGAAGCAGCUGCAGUUGAUGCAUUCAAUGUGGAUCACAACUCAGGACUUCCUUCUGAUGAUUCUGAUGAUGAUGAUUAUGAUCCUGAUGUUAAAGAAGAUGUGGAGGCUGAAGGGGGUGAAUCAAGUUCUGAUGAAUCUGAGUAUGCUUCUGCUUCUGAGAAAUUGGAGGAUUCAGGCCAUGAGGAUCAGUACAUGGGCCUUCCUUCUGAAGAUUCUGAGGAUGAUGAUUAUAAUCCUGAUGCUCCAGAUCAAGACAUGAAAGUUGCAGAGGAAAGUUCGAGCUCUGAUUUCACAUCUGAUUCUGAGGAUCUUGCUGCUACAAUUAAUGAUAAUAUGCCCCCAGGACACGGUGAAGAUAUCACAUCUGCAUCAUUGGAUGAUGCAAAGAAGUUUAAAGGAUCCAGCAAAACAAGUAAAGUCGGUAAGAAGCCAUCUAUAACUGAUGAAUUGUCAUCUUUACUAGAGGCAGAUCCUGGCCAAGAGAGUUACACUCCUGUUUCGGGGAAAAGAAAUGUGGAAAGGUUGGACUACAAAAAGCUGUAUGAUGAGACAUACAAAAGUGAUACUAGUGAUGAUGAUGAAGACUGGAAUGCUACUGCUACCCCAACUAGGAAGAAGAAUGUCACUGGUAAAUUGACUCCAGUGCCACCAAAUAGAAAAGCCUCAAAUAAUUCUACACAUACUCUGAGAAGUGACGGUAAAGCUGAAAAAACAAAUAACUCAGCUGCUAAAUCACUUGAAGGCUCUGGAAAAUCAGGUUCCGGGGAGAAAAAACCAAGAUCUUCAACAUACAACAGACUUGGAGAUGUUGCAAUUGAGGAGACAUACAAAAGUGAUACUAGUGAUGAUGAUGAAGACUGGAAUGCUACUGCUACCCCAACUAGGAAGAAGAAUGUCACUGGUAAAUUGACUCCAGUGUCACCAAAUAGAAAAGCCUCAAAUAAUUCUACACAUACUCUGAGAAGUGACGGUAAAGCUGAAAAAACAAAUAACUCAGCUGCUAAAUCACUUGAAGGCUCUGGAAAAUCAGGUUCCGGGGAGAAAAAACCAAGAUCUUCAACAUACAACAGACUUGGAGAUGUUGCAAUUGAGAGACUUUACAAAUCUUUCAAAGAGAAUCAGUAUCCAGAUCGGACCACAAAAGAAAGCUUGGCACAAGAAACAGGACUCACACUUCAGCAGGUAAGUAAAUGGUUUGACAACACCCGAUGGAGCUUUAGGCAUUCAUCCCAUAAGGAACCCAGGACAGGUGAAAAUGCUUUGGCGCAGACCACUGAUAACAUAUCUGAAAAUGAGGUGGCACCUGGUGGAGAGAACAGGGACAGUGAAUUAUUCCCCCAAGAUGUCACCGGAGAAAACUCAAAAACCCCAAGCUCUAAGAAGAGGAAGGGUAUGUCUGAACCCCUGGCAUCUGAGUCUCCUCAGAAUGCUGAUAAAGCAUCAAGUCAUAAAAUGAAGACAAGGAAAAGAAAAUGACACAUUGUUGACAACUGAAGCUUAAUAUCUUACAAAGCAGCCAAAUUAAGGUAUCCAACCUGUCGUGCGAUUUAAGUCUCUAAGAUGAUCAACUUUGGAUCUUGUGGAUUUGAAUGUGUGCCAUUUGUAUUCUUAGAAAAAUAGUUUUUAGAUGUCCAUCUUAGCAGAUUUAGUUUUAGCUUUUCCCCUCAUGCGAAUUGCAAACACUCAAUAGUUGCCCUGUACCCUUUUUAAUAUUAUUUUUUUAGGAUCAUUUUCAUUUACAGAGACCCCAUUCCUUCAUUUUUUGAGGGUUGUAUGCCAACAAGACAAAACGCCAAAGUAGAAGAUGAAUAUUAGGGGAGAUCUUUUUUCUUUAAACAUUAGAAUUCAAUUUUCAUCAUUCUAUUGACAUGUAGGCAAUAGUAACAGCUUAUAACAGCUAGUGUUUUAUUAUACAUUACAAGUUACAACUUACAAGUUGCACAAAAUGCAACACUCGUCUUGCUAUUUGAGGGUUAUCUUCUA